UCCCCACCUAGAGCGAAGCCACUUCCGGUCUUCACAGUUCUCUUCCGGGUGAAGGCCGGCGCCCCGGAUGUAGCCCUGGCGCGAGCAGCUCCGCUUCCCUUUGCCAGGCUGCCCGGGGGCUCAGCUCGGUCUGGGGAAGACCCCUCUGUCCCGCCAUGUCGAAGAGGAAAGUGACCUUCCAGGGCGUGGGGAGUGAGGAUGAGGAGGAUGAGACCAGUGCUCCCAAGAAGAAGCUGGUGGACCCUGUGGCUGGGGCAGGAGGUCCUGGGAGCCGCUUCAAAGGCAAACAUUCUUUGGACAGCGAUGAGGAGGAUGAUGAGGAGGAGGGGUCCAGGAAAUAUGACAUCCUGGCCUCAGAGGAUGUGGAAGGUCAGGAAGCAGCCACACUCCCCAGUGAGGGAGGUGUGCGGAUCACACCCUUCAACCUCCAGGAAGAGAUGGAAGAAGGUCAUUUUGAUGCUGAUGGCAACUACUUCCUCAACCAGGAUGCUCAGAUCCGAGACAGCUGGCUGGACAACAUUGACUGGGUGAAGAUCAGGGAGCGGCCACCUGGUCAGCGCUCACCGUCAGACUCAGAGGAGGAGGACGGCCUGGGCCAGACACCAUUGAGUGCCCAAGCCCUCCUGGAGGGCCUUCUGGAGCUGCUGUUGCCAAGAGAGACAGUGGCUGGGGCACUGAGGCGUCUGGGGGCCAGAGGAGGAGGCAAAGGGGAGAGCAAGGGGCCCGGGCGGCCCAGUUCCCCCCAGCGCUUGGACCGGCUGUGCGGUCUGGCCGACCAGAUGGUGGCCCGAGGCCACCUUGGUGUUUAUCAGGAGACGAGAGAACGCUUGGCCAUGCAGUUGAAGGGGUUGGGGUGCCGGACGCAGGGACCCCUUGACUCCACGCCCAAACCUUCUCUGGACAUGUUUGCUGAGGAAGUAGCAGAAGGGGAGCUGGAGACCCCAACCCCUGUCCAGCGAGGAGAAGCAGAGUCACCAGGACCCGGUCUGCUGGAUGUGAUGUGGGAAUAUAAGUGGGAGAAUACAGGUGAUGCUGAGCUAUACGGGCCCUUCACCAGCAGCCAGAUGCAGUUCUGCCCUCUCUUCCUGCAGACUUGGGUGAAUGAAGGCUACUUCCCUGAUGGUGUGUAUUGCCGGAAGCUGGACCCCCCUGGUGGACAGUUCUACAACUCAAAACGAAUUGACUUUGACCUCUACACCUGAGCCUUCCUAGGACCAGCUAGUGGCUCUUUCUUUCCUGGACUCUGGAGGAGGCCCCAAUUGCCUCAGGCAGUGAGAAUAUUGGGGGCCACUUUUCAGUCAGUUUCCUUCCCCAAUAAAAGCCUAUAGUUGUGUA